AUGGUACAGAACAACAGGUCUCUUUUUUUCGUUGGGUAUGACUCUUAUAAGGAGAGCCCCUCCACGUCGCCAAUACGCUUGGACGACUUGGAUGGAAAUGAUGGCACACCGGAUCAGGGUUUAGCCUUCGAUGAGGGCGUGGGAAUCACGUCACAAGCACGAGAAAGAAAUUCUCGUGUGUUUAUGCUCGGGGAUAGUGUUGGUGACGCUGCCCUGCACUUAGAUGAUCUUGAUAUGGUUCCACUAAAUACGAAGUUCGAUGUGCAGAUGGAGAUGGGGUCACCUAUGGCUAUGCCACCCGAAAUGCAGCCCCCUAUCAAACCCUUAACAGCAGCAGAUCUUGCAUACUCGUCCUUGGCUCAUCUUCCAAGCUAUUUCUUUGAGAAAACGCAUUUCAAUAUUGAACGUAACUGCCUGUUGGAGAUGUGUAAGUUGAGGCAAAGUUAUCUCAUUAUAAGUAAGCAAGAUGCUUUGUCGUGUUCUCAGUUACAUUCAAAAUCAACUGGAAAGUGUCUUAAGCCUGUAAAAGGAAAAACAGCAAAAGCGCAUCACUUUCUUGAUUUCGAGGAAGAUAAUACCUCAAAUCCCCCUCAAGAUGGCAAUUAUAUGAAUGAAUUGUUGAAUGCAAAGGUAAAAGUUCCCUCCUUUAAAGAGUUUCGGCAGGAUUUUGAGUGGUGCUUGAGAGCUAUAAGAGAUAGAGAUCUAUCGAAAUUUAGCGAAAAAAGACUACAAUAUCUUGUAAAUAAGUUUCCUGUUUUUCAAUAUUUACAUUCUAAGGAGGAAAUGAGACAAAGUAAAAGGGUGCCACAUAAAGAUUUUUACAACUGUAGAAAGAUAGAUUUGAAUCUCUUGUUAAGUGGUUGUUUCUCGCAAUGGCAAUUAACUGAAUUCAUUUGGACUAAAUUAAAAAGCGAACCAAAUAAGAUUAUCCAUCAAACUGCCAACGGUAACCAUAUUACUUUAAGUCAAUUGUUCAAGGUGGAUUUUGAAGUAACUAACAAGUUCUCUAAUGGGUUGAAAAUUAUCGACGAUUCAUUUUUAGAAUGGUAUAAAGUUGUCUAUCUGAUGAAAUAUCAUUUAGUUAACAAAGAACCUACGAUACAUGCAGGCCCACAUGAUGGACCAUUUCGAUACUAUUUGAUCGCAAAGACCUUUUUAGAGUUCGAUAAUUAUAUUAACGGCGAAUACCUCGCGGAACUGCUUCAAAAAUUUUUAAUAAAACCGCAAGAGGAGUCUAAGUACCAGUUAUGUCAACUUUCAGUGGACUUUCAAUUUUACUUACAUUAUGACAAUUCGGAUGUAGAUAACUGGUGGAUGGUCUUUGCAAAUUGGUUGAAUCACCAUAACCUAUUCUCCAACAACAUCCGUUGGAAUAUUCGAAUUUCCAGAAUAUAUCCAGAACUGUAUCGUACUGGAAAAGUCAAAAAUUUUCAAGAAUAUCUCAAUUUAAUAUUCAAUCCACUUUUCAAUGCUCAAAAUUUUCUUCACAAGUCAUUAGGAUCUAUUCUUUUGAAGUUUCUCUCUCAGGUAUCCUCGUUUGAUUUAUGCAUUCAAGAUUCAGAUGAAUAUAUCUGGAAAAAAUUCACAACCGUUAAUUGCAUGCCACAAGAUUGGUCAUCUGGCGGCGAUAACCCAACAAUAUCGCAAUAUAUGUAUUACAUCUAUGCCAAUCUCACAAAGUUGAAUCAUAUCCGCCAAGCACUUUUGCAAAAUACAUUCACUUUGAGAAGUUCAUGUUCACCAACUUCAAUCAAUCGAACUUCGCAAUUUAGCAAUACUUUGAACUUAACAGAACACACAGAAACUAUCCUAGACAAUUUUUUGUUAGCCAGUGGGGGGUUUCUAAAUGCCGAGAACCUUUGGCAUGCGCCCUCAUCCUUAGUGUAUGUCUUCUAUCUGAGCCAGAUUCCCAUGGUAGUUGCCCCCUUGAACUCCAUAGUAGAUUCAAACGCCACAACAGUACAGAAUCAGGCUCCCACGGGGCUUGUUCUAGAGCCUUCGAAGCCUUACAAGAAGAAUCCUUUCAUGAAGCUUUUCGAAAUGGGGUUCAAGAUAUCGUUGAGCUCUGAAUCUAUCCUCUACAACAAUUCUUAUACCAAGGAACCUAUUAUCGAAGAGUAUAGCGUGGCGGCUAGUAUAUACCGUUUACAUUCAGCAGAUUUAUGCGAGUUACUGAGAAAUAGCGUUAUAACUAGUGGGUUUUCGAGUACCCUCAAGAGCAAAUGGCUUGGUGUUUCCCUAACUCUACAUGAGUAUUUCGUGGAGAACAUUGGCUUUGUGGACAAUUGGUAUGAUUGUAAAUCAAAUACAAGUCUAGAGCACAACGUGCCCAUUAUCAGACGCAAUUAUCGCAAUAGCACUCUUGCAGGGGAGUGGCGCCUAAUAAUUUCGUGA